GUACUGUUCUAGUGACUGAAACGGAACUCUUGAAACACCGACAUGUUAAGGUGACGUACUGAUUUGGUUUCAACACUAACAAAGGGGAACUUGAGAGAUUCCUGCUGCCAAAACUACAGUGCUGCGGUGUCGUUACAGAGUUCAUCAUGAAUGUGAACCAGGGGACGGUGGGUAGCGACCCGGUCAUUCUGGCCACGGCUGGAUACGACCACACUGUCCGCUUCUGGCAGGCCCACAGCGGGAUCUGCACCAGAACGGUCCAGCACCAGGACUCUCAAGUAAAUUCACUUGAGGUCACACCAGACAGAAGUAUGAUUGCAGCUGCAGGUUAUCAGCAUAUCCGCAUGUAUGACUUAAACUCCAACAACCCAAACCCGGUCAUCAACUACGAUGGAGUUAGUAAGAACAUCACGUCUGUGGGCUUCCAUGAAGAUGGACGCUGGAUGUACACAGGAGGAGAGGACUGCAUGGCUCGCAUAUGGGACCUGAGGUCAAGAAAUCUACAGUGUCAGAGGAUCUUCCAAGUAAAUGCUCCAAUCAACUGUGUGUGCCUGCAUCCUAACCAGGCAGAGCUGAUAGUUGGAGACCAGAGUGGAGUGAUUCAUAUCUGGGAUCUGAAGACAGACCAUAACGAGCAGCUGAUUCCAGAGCCGGAGGUCUCAGUCAACUCAGUUCACAUUGACCCAGAUGCCAGUUACAUGGCAGCAGUCAACAGCUCGGGAAACUGUUAUGUGUGGAACCUGGCUGGAGGCAUCGGGGAUGAAGUGACUCAACUCAUUCCCAAGACUAAGAUCCCGGCACACAAACGCUAUUCCCUCCGCUGCAAGUUCAGCCCCGACUCCACACUGCUGGCCACCUGCUCGGCAGACCAGACCUGCAAGAUUUGGAGGACAUCCAAUUUCUCACUGAUGACGGAGCUGAGCAUCAAGAGCAACAAUCCCGGAGAGACGUCCAGAGGCUGGAUGUGGGACUGCGCCUUCUCCGGAGACUCGCAGUAUAUCGUUACAGCGUCCUCAGACAACUUGGCUCGCCUGUGGUGCGUGGAAACCGGCGAGAUCAAAAGGGAAUACAGCGGGCACCAGAAGGCUGUGGUGUGUCUGGCCUUUAAUGACAGCGUGCUCGGCUGAGGAGGUGGAGGAGGAGGAAGCAAGAGCUAAAAGGUUUGGUGGACAGGAAAUAAAGACUCUUCUGAGGGCGCGAUUCGUGUCACGUGUGUCGGCACCAGUAGAGUGAUCAACUUGAGGAUGCGGGGG